AUGCCGGUGGUGCUGCAAGCUGUCGUGGUGCUGCUACAUGCGGGGGAGUGUGUUGCCGCAAUGGGCGUCUUCAUUGACGAUGCCCAUGGUGAUCGCAUAUCAUGCCGGAGCAAUGCCAGUGGAAAAGACGAAAAAGGUGCAAUCUUGUUCACUAUACAUGAUCUGGCGCAUGGCUUCAUGACAUUGUUGCGAGAAACUUUAAGCUACCUUCUAGCCACCAAUCCUCGUGGGAAACUUGAUCAGGAGCAUGAUGACUAUCUAAGGGCUCUGCGUUGUGUCCGUUGUACCAAAGUGCAGUUUAAAGAUGAGUCAUUUUCACGUAAGAAGUGCCUACGUGUCCUGGAACUAAAGGAGAGCUCUGUGCAGAAGCUACCGGACUCCAUCUGUCAACUGAGGCACCUGGGGUAUCUUAAGAUAUCAGAAUUCACUGGGUUGGUUACUCUGCCAGAGUCAUUUGGGCAUCUGAAAAAUCUGUUCCAUAUUGACUUAUCAGGCUGCUCAAGGCUUGUAGCUCUUCCGGAAUCAUUUGGAGAUCUCAUAAACUUGACCCAUGUCAAGCUAUCACGAUGCCAUGGACUGGCAAAGUUUCCAGAACCACUCCAGAAACUCGGCAAACUGGUACACUUGGAUUUAUCGUUCUGGUCUUGUUUUGAAGCGAUCGGGAAAGGCCUUGGUGGCCUCACCACUCUAGAACAUUUGAACUUGUCAAACCCUUGCUGUCAUCUUGCUCGGCACCGGUCUCAUCUCAAAGGUCUAAAAGAUGGUUUGUGCAAGCUCACAAAACUCCGGUAUCUGAACCUGUCAAUGUGUCUGAAUCCUAUGUUUUACCACUACCAGUCACAAGAGGACAGUCCCCAAUACAUUGGAGAGUGUGUCAGCGGUCUUUCCAGCCUAGAGCAUCUGGACCUGUCUCAUAACACAUUUCUUUUUGAUCUGCCUGCGAGUCUAGGUGAGCUCAACAAGCUAAAAACACUGAAUCUCUCAGGCUGCAUCAGACUCAAGAUGGUUGGUGAAAUGAAGUCUCUCACAUUUACAAAUCUGAGGAUGUGCCGUGGCCUAGAGAGUUGCCAGUUUGUGGUUCGCAUCAUCGAUGAUGAUGAUGUGUAUAGCAGCAGCAACAUUGUUCAGCUGGAGGUGGUAAAUUGCCAAGAGCUCCAGAUAAGCUGCCUAGAAAAGGUCAAGUCUAAAGAGGAAGCAAAUGGAAUCAAAUUGGUGGAGAAACAGAAGCUUCAAAAGUUAAAGCUUUCUUGGACUUUGGACAAUGUCGGGCGAGUGAAGGACAGUGCUUUGUUGGGGGAAUUAGUGCCACCACCUAAUCUGCAGUGCCUUGAGGUUAAUGGUUACACCGGAACAUGCCUCUCGGAGUACUUGGGUGAGCUCACCUCUCUCCGGGAGCUGAAGAUCGUCCGCUGCAAGCACCUCAACUCGUUGCCGGAUACAAUGCAGAAACUCACCAGCCUCAAGGAUCUGUGUAUUUUUGACUGUCCGGAAUUGGAGAAGUGGUGUCAGGUUGAGGAGAACAAGAAAGUGCUGGCCCACAUCCCCAACAAAAAUUAUGAGGAACCUGCUAGCACUAGCAGGCAGGAGAUUGAGGAGGAUGAUAAAUCAGGUGAAGAGGUGGAGGCGGCGUAGGAAUACGCGAAAGCGAGGAAUUGUGUUUGGAUGAGGAAAUUUAGUUACAAAAUGGAAUGCCAUUUUAUUACCAACUAUUCUUGCAACAUAUGUUGGCCUGCAGACUCUUUCAGGCAGCAAAACAUGAUGAUUUGAUUUCAGACAACUUACUUUUCGCAAUCCUGUACAAUUUGAUCUUUUAAUCCGAGCUCUUGAGAUUACAUUAUAUGCUGUGUAA